AUGGAUUCCGGCAGUGAAGGUCCCGAGAGUCCAGGAGAUUCUCCUCCGGACGCCGCCGCCGUAGAAAUUGUGAACGCCUGGCAGGCGGCCGACGACACUUCGCCGUCGGCUAGCCUCGCGAGCAUAGAAAUCGACGUCACGUCAACCGUCAUUCGGCCCUCGCCGCGGCAGUCGACACAGGCGACGUCUCCUGUUUCGCCGUCCAACACCAUGAAGCUGCAGAGUAGCGAGGGACACAUCUUCGAGGUGGAUCUGCAGACGGCCAUGGUGUCCGGAACGCUGCGAACCAUGAUGGAAGAUAUCGGCAAACUGAACGCGGACGACGACGAAGUGGUGCCUCUGGUGAACGUGAACACGGCGACGCUGAAGAAGGUUCUGCAGUGGUCCACCUACCACAAGAAUGACUGGUUCCUGCUGGCCGAAGAUGACCCGGCCAUUGGGGCACGACAGCCGCUGUCCUCGUGGGACUCCGAGUUCUUCAACGUGGACCAGGCCACGCUUUUCGAGAUCAUCAUGGCCGCGGACUACUUGGACAUCAAGGGUCUCAUGAACUCGGCCUGCCGGACCGUGGCCAACAUGAUCCGAGCCAAGACUACCGAGGAGAUGAGGAAGCGCCUCUGCAUGAGAAACAACUUCACGCCCUCCGAGGAGGAGAUGGUCAAACGAGAGACUAAGUGGUUCGACUAA